UAAAAGCUUAAUAGCUCCUCAUCAACCUCUUUUUCUCCCGCUCCAAACAGCAGUUGAGAUUCGCAUUAGCAGCGUACCGCCACAACAAGCACUGCCAAAGAUGUCUGCCGGUCGAGUUUGCCUUGCCUACUCUGGAGGUCUUGACACCUCUACGAUCCUCAAAUGGCUCAUUGUCGAGGGUUAUACUGUGGUCUGCUUCCUGGCUGAUGUUGGCCAAGAGGAAGACUUCGCUGCCGUUGAGAAGAAGGCUCUGGCUCUCGGUGCCGAGGCCAUGGUCAUUGAGAACCUGCAGCAGGAGUUCGUUGAUGAGCUCAUCUGGCCUGCCGUUCAGUGCAACAGCAUUUACGAGGACCGCUACCUUUUGGGCACGUCCCUGGCUCGUCCCAUCAUUGCGCGUGCCCAGGUCCGCGCUGCUCACAAGCACAACUGCCAAAUUCUCAGCCACGGAUGUACUGGCAAGGGCAAUGACCAAGUCCGAUUCGAGCUCGCCUGGCAGGCUCUUGACCCUUCCCUGAAGAUUUUUGCCCCCUGGAGGGAGCCAAAGUUCUUCAAGGCUUUGGAUGGCCGAGCAGCUCUCCUGGAGUUUGCUGCGAAGCACAACAUUCCUGUCGACCAGAGCCCUCGGAAGCCAUGGAGCCAGGACGAAAACCUCGUACACACUUCUUUCGAGAGUGGUGUGCUUGAGAAGCCUGAGCUGGAGCCUCCGGCGGACUUGUGGACCCGCACGGUCGAUCCUCGUGAUGCCCCUGAUGAGCCCCUGAAGUUCUCCAUUCACUUCGAGAAGGGUAUCCCCGUUAAGCUUGAAGUUGGAACUGAGACGACUACUGGCUCUCUCGAGCUCUUUAAGGCUGUGAACAAGAUUGGUCACGACCAUGGUGUCGGCCGUGUCGACAUUGUUGAGAGCCGAUUCAUCGGACUGAAAAGCCGAGGCUGCUACGACACCCCCGGACUGACAAUCCUUCGCUUGGCUCACAUUGACCUCGAGGGUCUCACCCUUGACAGCCACGUCCGCCGCCUCCGUGAUCAGUUUGUCACCACCGAGUGGUCCAGGUGUCUGUACAACGGCAUGUACUUCAGCCCCGAGCGUGAAUUCCUUGAAAACUCCAUCACCUUCUCCCAGAAGGGCGUCAAUGGCAAGGUCAACAUGAUGGUUUACAAGGGCAGUGCCUACGUCAUCGGACGCUCCAGCGAGACCAGCAACCUCUACUCCGAGACUGAGGCCUCUAUGGACACUCUUGAGGGUUUCAGCCCUGAGGAUACUUCCGGCUUCAUUGCCAUUCAGGCCAUCAGGCUGAAGAAAUACGGCGCCCAGAAGAUCAUCGAUGGCGAGCCCCUCACCAAGAACUAAGCGUCUGCUAGCCACUAGUAUCUUGGACUUGGAUAGUCAUGGGAUAGUUAGCUAGGUGCUAAUACGAUGUGAAUGAAUAAAAUUACCCUGCUACUAGACUAGUAGUGCCUACACCGG